GGAGGGAGCUUCAGGGACCCCAAGAAAAAGCCACAAGGUGACCCCAGACUCAGGCCCCAGGAGCAUGAGGCUCGAAGGACAAGAGACAGCUGGCCAGCCACGAGUGACCCUGCUGCCCACGCCCAAUGGCAGUGGGCCGAGCCAGGAGUUUGAAGGCCAUUGGCCAGAGAUCCCAGGGAGGUCCCCGUGUGUGGCUGGUGUCAUUCCUGUCAUCUUCUACAGCAUCCUGCUGGGCCUAGGGCUGCCUGUCAACCUCCUGUCCGCCGUGGCCCUGGCCCGCCUUGCCGCCAGGACCAGGAAGGCCUCCUACUACUACCUUCUGGCGCUCACAGCCUCGGAUAUUGUCACCCAGGUGGUCAUCGUGUUCGUGGGCUUCCUCCUGCAGGGAGCUGUGCUGGCCCGAGAGGUGCCCCAGGCUGUGGUACGUACGGCGAACAUCCUGGAAUUUGCUGCCAACCACGCCUCAGUCUGGAUCGCUGUCCUACUCACGAUUGACCGGUACGAUGCCCUGUGCCACCCCCUGCACCAUCGUGCUGCCUCGUCCCCAGGCCGGACCCGCCGGGCCAUCACCAUCGUCCUUGGUGCUGCCCUGCUGACUGGCAUCCCCUUCUACUGGUGGCUGGAUGUGUGGAGGGAUGCGGACCCCCCCAACACACUGGACGAGGUCCUCAAGUGGGCACAUUGCCUCACUGUCUAUUUCAUCCCUUGUGGAAUUUUCCUGGUCACCAAUUCAGCCAUCAUCUGUAGGCUACGGAGGAGAGGCCAGAGUGGGCUGAGGCCCCGGGUGGGCAAGAGCACAGCCAUCCUCCUGGGCGUCACCACGCUCUUCACCUUCCUCUGGGCACCCCGGAUUGUUGUCAUGCUCUUCCACCUGUACGUGGCCCCCGUUCACCGGGACUGGAGGGUCCAUCUGGCCUUGGACGUGGCCAACAUGGCAGCCAUGCUCAAUACAGCGGUCAACUUUGGUCUUUACUGUUUUGUCAGCAAGACUUUCCGGGUCACCGUCCAAGAGGUCAUCCACAGUGCCCACCUGCCCUGCAGCCUGGGGUCACGGCCAGAGGGCAUGGGGGUGGAGCCUAUGCUGAAGCCCCCAGGACUCCCCAAAGGGGCAGAAUUGUAGAGAAGGGGUCCAGCCAGAGAGCUUGGGGUGGCUCAGAGCCAGAUGUACUGGGCCUUUGUGGUUGUGCCCACAAAACUUUAUCAACACCCAACUUUGCAGUCUGGGGGUAGGGCGAGAGGUUCCUUCCUUCAGCGGUGGUCCCCGCCCAGGUAAAGGGGGGACACUUUAUCCAACUUUUACGUUAGCUUCACCAGCAAUUCCCAUUUCCUGGGGCAAGGAAAGGGCUCUGUCAGGCACAGCCUAAUAAUGUCAGCCGCUAUGGGCAUUCCUUUGUGAGGGACAUUUCACCAGCCACUUUAUGAAGGCUAAAUGAAUGUUGGUUGAAUGAAUGAAUGAAUGAGUGAAUGAAUGAAUGAAAAGAUAGAUGUGGAAGUGAAUUGUUUCCAGUCCACCCGCUUUUCCUAGCGCCC